CCAACUCAUUUGGCUUUUUCAUCCUAACACACCCGUAUCAUUCGCUGUUUGGUCCUUAAGAGAAACAUAUAUUUUCUUCUUCGUCCUCGCUUAAGAGAGCUGCAGAUUUUGGAUGGGAGGAUUUGAUUGUGGUUUGAAAAGGAUGGCACUAGUUUCGGGAGGAAGAUCAACACUGAACCCAGAUGCUCCUCUUUUUGUUCCUGCUGCUUACAGACAAGUAGAGGAUUUCUCUCCUGAAUGGUGGCAACUGGUUACAACUACAACCUGGUUCAGGGAUUACUGGCUAAGUCAGCAUCAAGAUGAGAAUGGAUUUUAUGACAAUGCUGAAAAUGAUUUUGGCUUUGAUGGGAACGAUGUAGCUGAUUUGUUACCGGAUACAUUUGAUCUUGAUGCUGGUGAUUAUUUUACUAGUCUGGAAGCUCAAUUUGCAGAUUUCAUCGAAGAAAGCUUUUCUCCUUUACCUUCCGAUGGGAUGCUUGAACAUGGUUUUAUGUUGGAAGUGGAGGCACCAAAGAAGGACACAGGUCUGAAACCCAGCGAUUGAUUCAUCAAUCCAGAUAGGCCAUGACUUCGAGUUGGAGUUAUCCCCAAUCAUAAUAGGUUAAUGUAGCUACUAGCUUUUGUAAGUCUGUAUAGGGCAAGGUUGGAGCUCCUGUAUUGCUCGUUCAUCCUCGUUUUCUUUCUCUUAGUUUAAUCCAAGAAAGUGCUCAGAAAUGUAAAAAAAGAAAAUGUAAAAUUUAGUCAGAAAUGCAAAAAAAAAUGCUUCAUAUUUUGCUCUUUAUAUAAAA